CACUUCGUUUUCCGUGUGGUAGAUGAAGUGGUGCGUUUUGCUAGCCAUGGUCGUCGUCAGGUAGAGAGCGACGAUCUCUCUCAGGUUUUUAAGCCCUAAGACUGACUACAAGUCGACUCAAGCAGCCGAACUGCGAAUGCUGCUGUGAUUUUUAACAACCUUGAAUUUUCAAUCAGUGAGUGAGAGAGCAGGAUCUUCGCUAUGGCUUGCUUGCGUGGUAUCACCAAGAGAGUUAAUGUUUUACAGAGACGAGCUUAUCCAUCGUGUGGUCAUCUAAUUCCUGAUGAUAGAGAUGACACUAGAUCCACUUCUUCGAGUUCUGAUACAAUGUUUCGUAAAGUCUUAGCACGUAAUGCUACUACUAGCAAGCUUAGCUCUAGCUUUGAGGCAAGGCAUUAUCAGUCAUUUGCUGGGCCAUUGGGUCUUGGAUUAUCUUCUUGUCGGUAUAUGAGUUCUACACCACCGGAAUGGUCUGAAAAAGUUGAUGGUAUUGACUUUGCGGCCACGGAAGUUGUUCCCGAUGAAAUCGUUGAAGCUGUAACUAUGACAAGCCAAGCUGCUCCUGCUAUUAAUGAGGUUGCUAUUGCUGCUGCGGAUUCUGCUUUUCCCGUUGCUGCUUUGCAGCAUUUGAUUGAUGGUGUGCAUUCGUUUACGGGCCUGAAUUGGUGGGCUUCAAUAGCUUUGACAACUGUUAUCAUUCGUGGAGUUACAGUUCCCAUUCUUCUAAAUCAAUUAAAGGCGACUUACAAACUCAAUGUUCUGAGGCCUCAACUAGAGGAGCUAAGACGAGAGAUGAGCACUAAGGCUCAGGAUCCUGAAGCCAUGGCAGAAGGUCAAAGACGGAUGCAAUUAUUGUUUAAAGAACAUGGAGUAACUCCAUUUACGCCUCUCAAAGGACUUAUUAUUCAAGGUCCCAUUUUCAUAAGCUUUUUCUUUGCGAUCAGGAAUAUGGCGGAGAAGGUCCCAUCAUUUAAAACCGGGGGAACUCUUUGGUUUACUGACCUCACCACUGGAGAUACUACAUAUAUCUUGCCACUUCUCACCGCAGUGACUUUCUUGAUUAUGGUGGAGUCAAACAUGCAGGAAGGUCUUGAAGGCAAUCCAGUAGCUGGAACUAUGAAGAAAUUCUCUAGGAUCAUUGCCUUCCUUUCUAUUCCAGUUUUGAUAGGCAUUGAAAAGGCAUUGUUUUGUUACUGGCUUACUUCCAACUUGUUUACUCUUGUGUAUGGCUUAACAUUAAGACGUCCAGAUGUGAGGAAGCUCUUGAAUCUCCCAGAUGUUGUCAACUCUUCUACUAAGCAGCCAUCACCGUCUUCGUCGUCGCCUUUGCCAUUUUCCUUCUCUGAACCAAAAGACCAAAGUGUUACUCAAGAAAAACCUCCUAUGUGCUCCUCCGAGUCAUCUUCAAGUGUUCCAGAUAGAAGAAUCUCACGGAGUUCAGUUCUGAAUCAGAGAAUCAGAACUCUGGAGAGACAACUCAAGGACCAAAAGAACAAGAAGUGAGAGAUUCUUUUUAGGUCAGGUUUGUACUGCUAAAACUAGGCCGAUACUGAGAAAGUAAUAAGUAUCCUCGGAAAUUAAAUUUUUUUAGUUAAAACAAUUAGCUAGCUCUAUGUGACAACAAUCAAUCUACAAAAUCGUGUACGAUAUCUCUGGUGGUGUUGUUCAACGUUUCCAUCGAGUUCUGCAAAAACAGGAAUAGCAAAAAAAAAAUUUGUUUAACGGAUCA